GAAAAAAAGAAGAAGAACGAAGAGAAAGAGAGUGGGACAACCGAACCGACUUUGUGCAAAAGGAUUGACGAAGAGGCUUUAAAGGAGAACAGCGCACCUGAAGGACUCGUUUCGGAAUCCAGGCCUUGCCCUCAAGCCCCCCCGAAGGAAGCCGGGAAGAAGGACCCCAAAAUGCCACCACGUGUGCUCACGCCUGAAAAUGAGGGACCCCCAGCAGCUCCCCAAAUGCAACCCCCCCUGGUUGCCAAAAAAUUGCAGGAGGAGAAAAAGGCGGCAAUGGGAGCCGUUGAUGGCAAGAGGACUUGUGGCUCGUUGGAAGAAAGCAUCCCACCCACGGAAAGUGCACCCUAUAGUAGCCCUACAGAGCCUCCAGCUGCCCCUUCCUCCGAAAAGGCCCACCCCCCCAUCUCCGUUCCCCAAAUGGGAGUGAAAACAUGCGUGGAGACCCCCGUCUUUAAAACGCUGUACCCCGAUCUCUCGGUGUUGUUAUCGGCAGGACUGACGGAUUUUACCUUCCAGCUGCCGCCUCACGGGGAGCGGUUGUAUCCCGAGCUUCCAGUCGAUCCCGAGCCGAUCCCUUUUACCAAAGAGCAGCUGAAGGUUUUCGAGCCCUGUUCCUGGCUGGAGAACGUCGAGGCUUACGUGGAGGAAUUUGGCAGCAGGGCCUACCAGGACCGACACGAGUUUUAUGAGCUGGUGUUGAAUUACUGCCGGUGCCGGAAACAGCUGUUGCUGGCCGAAGCCAAACUGCAAAGCCUCUACUUGGAUGGCGGAAGUGUCAAAGAGCGCCUGUGGACUUUCAGGGAUAAGCAGCAGAGUGCCCAGGGUGUCUGUGCCGAUCAGUGCAAAGUGUCUGGCUUUCACCGAUACCAGACGGUUGAGGUGAACGAAGGCGCAUUGGGAGAACUGAAGAAGCUCUUCGAUGCUCAGACCGAACACCUGCACCAGAUCCUCGCCCUUCACUUGUACACCUCAGUGUUGUCCCGCUUGCAAGUGGAGUCUUACCUCUACGACCUGCUGAGGGGCUCCCCCUUGCUAAGGUCGGUGGGCCUUCAGCAGCAGGAGUCAGCAGCUUUGAAGACCGUGGAAUCCCCUUCCUCAGACUUGGAGUCCUUGAAAGACUGCAUCAGCGUUCUCUUCAGCUUCACCCGCCGACUCACUGAAGAUCCACAGUUCCAGAGCGAUGUUCUCUUGUGGCUUCAGAGGCUG